CAGUACCAGGAUCACAUAAAACGCAGAAACUCUUCAAACCCAUCAACAACCUAACCUCGCACACACUCUAAAUACCCUACAGCAAGGUGUCAAGACAUGUUGGUCGGCACUCGGCACCCAUAGCGCGUCAAAGCGUCAAUUCGAAAACGCUUAGAAAACAGCGGGCACUCGGACUCCUCAUUAACCCAGAAAAUGGUAGCCGACAGGUGCCGAAUGCCCGCGAAGAUUUACGAUUAGGUGAAAUGGCUCAUCGAGGAGACAUUGGUACCGCGGCUGCACCAGUGAAAGACGAAAGAAACUUGUAUGCGAGAUAUAUUAGCCGGGCUGGUGGGUGCGCGGCCAGUGGCUCUGAAACCGCCGUUGAAAUCGCACGCCCGUUCAACGCGCGGUGGAUCUUGCGUUCGAAUUUCGAACUUCGAAAAUUUUUUCGUGUGCUGUGCUUUUUCGGAGACCUGUGUUUUUGGAACAGUUUUGAAUUCCAACAUGGACGACUGAGUCGCCGCAGCGACAGUGAACCGAAUCAGUGAACGAAAUAUACAGUGAUACUUUAUUUAAUUGAGGAGUGACACCCAAUAUGGCUUUCGCGGCAAAUUUUAUAGUGGCAGCAGGCUUCAUUAUCAUUGCGGCAUCGUGGAUCGAGGCUGCCCGCGACGCAUCGUGCCCACGGAUCUGCGGGCCCGCGCUACAAGGAGAGCCAGUAUGUGCCACCGACGGAUACAUUUACCCUUCGCUCUGCGAGAUGAGAAAGAAGACUUGUGGGAAAGGUGUCCGACUAGCUCCGGAGCAGGGGUCCUGUUCCCGCGCCCAAGGGUCCAAGUGCGACCACCGCUGCACGUCCGAACGGGACCCGGUGUGCGGCACGGACGGGAGGACGUAUCUCAAUCGGUGCAUGCUGCAGGUGGAGAUAUGCAGGGUUGGCACCGGCCUGUCUCACCUAGGCGCCUGCAACAACAUCAGCGCCCAUCGCGAGAACUGUCCCGUCGACUGCUCCCAGGCUCCCCUGGACGGACCCAUCUGCGGGUCUGAUGGAAAUGUGUACAAGAGCACUUGUCAAAUGAAACUGCUGACGUGCGGACAAGGAGUAGUGCGAACGAGCAAAAAGCACUGUCAAACGACGCGACACUGCCGCGAGUCGUGCUGGCGCGUCGCACGACCGACCUGCGGCUCCGACGGGAAACUAUACGCGAACGCUUGCAGAAUGAAGGCGACUAACUGUGGAAAGCACGUGUUCGAAGUGCCGAUGGCGUUCUGCGUGUCACAGGAGCGUACGUCAGGCGGCGAAUCCUGCGCAACCGACUGCUCGGGUCAGAAGGAGAAGGUUGUGUGCGGCUCAGACGAGAACGUGUACAGGAACGAGUGCGAGAUGAAGAUGCUUAACUGCGGAGUGAGCAACAGGAAGAUAGUGAAGAAAGUGGACAUGGAGAAAUGCCGAGCGAAGAUGAACAAAUGCCUGAAGGUCAAGUGUCCCAGUGAGUCUGACCCCGUGUGCGGUACUGACGCCAAUGUCUACGCCAACCCCUGCCACCUCAAGGUCGCCACUUGCCUCAAAGGAGUUCAGCUAGCGCACUUCGGUAACUGCACGUUACUGCCGCGGCUCGAGAUCGACUGCCCGGAGAGCUGUGACAACGCUAUGGAGCAACCUGUCUGUGGAUCCGAUGGAAACGUUUACAAGUCGGAAUGUGAGCUCCGCCGCCUCACCUGCGGCCAGCACGUGGUGACCGUGUCGGCCGCGCACUGCCGCACCACCGCGCUCUGCCACGAGUCGUGCCCCGACACGCCGGCGUUCGUCUGCGGCUCCGACAACCGCUUCUACAAGAACGAGUGUAUCAUGAAGAAGGAGAACUGCGGCAAGCACGUGUUCGUGGUGCCGUUGAAACGCUGCCUGGCUCGCUUCCAGUACUCCGGCUGCGCGCGAGUGUGCCCGCCCGAGUAUGAUCCAGUGUGUGGCACUGAUGACAAGACUUACUCCAAUAAAUGCUUCCUUGAGAUGGAGAAUUGCCGGUCUAGGAGUUUGGUGUCAUUAAAAUACCUGGGCACGUGCAGCGACCCCAUCGCCGAGGAGCCGAAAAACUACCUUUAUCGAUAGAACCUAUCAACAUCGAUAAAUCACCAGUCAUAUCGACAUUUCUUCCAAUCCAUAUCGUUACUGGAAUCCACUUUACAUUAGUGCCAACUUAUUUAAGUAACCAAAAUCAUACCUUUGGU